CUAACGCUUCUGCUUCUUGUGUGGAUGUGAGUCGAUUUUUCGUAUACCGUUUUUCCUACUUUGCUCACUUUUUGGAACUGCAGUCGCAAUGAUUUAAUAUUAAGCUAGCAAACGGAUCUCAACCAUCCGUACAAAAAAGUAAAAUAAAAAAAAACGAAAGCUUGAUGUGUAAAAUAAAAAAUAUGUAAAAGAAAAAUCUGAGGGAGAGGGUCCAGAAACCGAAUUCACACUGCAACAGUAAACCCAGAUGCCCGAGGCAUUGAUUCUACCCGGCAUGGCUGACGCAGAGCCGGACCUCUCGACGUUCGAGAACAAGACGGGAUUGGCGGAGGACAUGAAGUUCCUGGCCUCCAUGCCCGAGCUCUGUGACGUAACCUUCCUGGUGGGCGACACCCGCGAACCCGUCUGCGCCGUCAAGGCUGUGCUGGCAUCCCGCUCGCGGGUGUUUGCCAAGAUGCUCUACGCUGCCCCCUCGCCACAGAGGAAGAGGGAAACGUCGACGAAGGAGAACAAGCUGCGCCUGUUCCUAAAGCGCUCCUCGGAGCCCCUGCUCAAUCUGCAGAAUGCGGCACAACAGAGAACCGGUUUCACCCAACAAUUAGCUCCGAUACCCGAGCCCUCAGGUCAGCAGCAUCAGACCCUGAUUAUUGAGGAGUUUGAGCCGGAUGUGUUCCGCCAAUUGAUUGAAUAUAUUCACACGGGUUGUGUGACUUUGCAGCCUCGAACUCUUCUAGGUGUCAUGAAUGCCGCUGAUUAUUAUGGCCUCGAGGAACUGCGCCGAGCCUGUGCAGGAUUUGUGCAGUGCUGCAUCAAUGUGGAUACUGUGUGCGCCUUGUUGGCCUCUGCCGAGCGUUAUAUUCAGUACAAGUGCACCAAGACCUUGGUGCAAAAGGUCCUGGAGUUCGUGGACGAGCAUGGAACUGAGGUCCUGAACCUGGGCAGCUUUACCCUGCUGCCACAGCACGUGGUCCGCUUGAUUUUGGCCAGGGAGGAGCUGCGCGCCGAUGAGUUCACCAAGUUUCAGGCGGCACUGAUGUGGAGCAAAAAGUAUUACGACAACAACCCGAACAUCGACAUCAAGGAGAUCCUGGGCACCUUCUGCGAGUACAUCCAGUUCCACAAGAUUCCGGCCAACGUGCUGAUGCGGGAGAUCCAUCCACUCAACCUCGUCCCGUAUGCGAUCAUCAUGAAUGCGUUGGCUUACCAGGCAGACCCAGAAAGCAUCGACCCCGGAAAGCUGUCUCCCAACUCUAGCCGACCGCACCACCGCCACCGCCACCACCACCAGUCGCUCCCCAAGAUCCGCAAGGCCAAGUCGCAGUCCUUCCGCACACGGAGGAGUCCCUCGGAGCGAAGGAGUCCCAACAAUGCUCCUAACCUCUCGCUGAAUACCGCUUUGACCUCCGGAAAUGGCGAGAAGAAGCGCAGUCCGCUGACGCCGAAGAGUCCGGUGAUGCCGGUGCCGGAGUCCAAGAGUCCCGGUAGCACCACCUCUUUGUCCCGCCAGGGAACUCUGCGUGCCUCGAAUCGCCGCAAGAACAGCGGACAGCUAUCCAUUUCGCUGGGCAACCAGGGAAGGCGAUCUCCCGUGGGUCUCAGCGAUCGCAGUCCGCAGGGAAGAAGGAGUCCGCUCUUCCCGAGCAGCGGACUGAGGUCACCCAACGAUCCGAUGACUAGUCCCACCGUGAGAAGUCCCACUGGGGAACCCCGAAGGAGUAGUCCCACCUUCAGUGUGCACACGCAGGAGCGGAGAUCCCCGCUGGGUGCAGUGGCUCCCACGGACUUUGGCUGCCAGUUCGGAGUGCCGGGCACCCAUCGCAGGAGUCCCACCACCACGGUCCACGUCCAGGACAUGGCCACCGAGCCGGAAGAAGCGGGAUUCGUUGGCAUGAAGCGUCCUUCGAUCAGUCUCUUCACCCCGAUUUACUUCGCCAGCGAGAAGCGUUCGCCGAUGGGUCCGAUUCCCCCGAUCACCGUCUCCAAUCCCGCCGAGACCUACAAGAGUGCGGAGCGGGAAAGGGAGGCGGCGGAGGCGGCUGCCCGGGAGCGGGAGAAGGAGAAGGAAAAGGAGGCCGCGCAGCCGCAGGAGAAGAAGAGCGUGAUGCGCGAGAUCCUGGCGUUCGUGAGGAAGCCCUCCAAGCACCUGAGCAGCCGGACGAACCGCUUCGCGAACGCCUUCACCCGAGCGGAGUCGGGCUCCUCCGGCGGUCCGCUCAUUCGGCAGAGCACCUUCUCGGCCAGCCCGGCGGCCUCUUCCACGGCAGCGAAGAGUGCCGUCCAGAAGCAGAUGUCCGAGGUGGGAUUCGAGCCGAAGAUAUCCCAGAAGUUCACCCACUACGCCAAGAUGUCCCUGCGCUUGAGGAGAUCAACGAAGCGCGAUGAGGAGGAAAAGGAGAAGGAGAAGCAGAAGCACGGAUCAGCGGCGGGUUCCAAGAGGCCAAGUGCCGAUCUCAGCCACGGCAACACGGAGCAACAGGUAGGUGGAUCCGAUGAGCUGCCCUUCGAGCUGGCCAACGUGCACUUCGAGAAGGUAGGUGAGUCCUAUAUCAAGCAUGAGCGGCUCCGCGAGUUGCAAGAACCCGACGCCGACGCCGACAAGGACGAGGAUGAGGAUGCGGAUGCCGGAAAGGAAACCGAACAGGAGGUGGAGCAAACCGAUGCAGCCAUGGCGCAGUUCGUGGAGGAGGUCACCAACUCCCUGAAGGUGGUUGCCCUCAAUGGAGAGGGCGGUGGCUCUGCGGCAGUUCACCACUUCACGCGGCGAUCGGAGAGCAGGGAACCCAUCGAACCGCGGAUCAGCGAGGAGCGCGAGUCGGACUCCAACGAUCUGAUGAUUCCCGACGAGAUGCGCGCCGAGCUGGUAGAGAUUUUGAAGGCCUACGCCCCAGAACCAGUUUAUGUGAAUCUGCAGGCACUGCGGCGCGAGGUUGAAGACGCGGACCUGGCCACCGCCCAAGCUGAAGCUCAAGCUCAAGCCGAAGGUGAAGGUGGAUCCUCAUCCGGUUUGGCGGCUUUGGCGGCGGUUGAGCCCGCGAAGAAGCCGCUGCAGUGUCCUACCAUCGAGUUUGAGCCGCCGUCGCGACGCUCCUCCUUUGAUCCGCCGCGGUCGCCGUUCCUCGAGCAGCUGCGCAGUCCCGGGGUGGACACGGAGACGGACCUGAUCAACCUGCAGCGGUUGGACUCCGGCGGCGACAGCUUCGAGCUGGUGGAGAGCAAGUGGAGCAAGUCGAGUCGCGGCGAGUCGAGCUUCGACUGUCCCUACUCCUCCAGGGACACCAGCUUCGAUGUGUCCAUUUCGCGGUACCAGUCCACCAGCUACGAGGAUCAGACCUCCAGCUUCGAGAUCGUGGACACAGAUGAGAAGGGUCAGGGUCAGAAUCGCCGCACUGUCGAUCUGCGCAAGAGCUCCAUCGAGCUGGUGGACGCGGAGACAUUCCAGCGGUCGGGUUCCUCCUGCGGCGGACGCAAGUCCUCGCUGGAGACCCACUUCGAUUACACGCCCACCGAAACGGGCGGGCGAUCGCCCAGUCUGCCGUUUCCGGCGAUGAGCAAGAAGCAGCGCACGGAGAACUUCCGCCAGCUGCACGUCUCCCAGUUCAGUGCCUUCUCCCGGGCACGCAGUCCGCUCUCCCAGCAGACCUCCUCCAACUACAGCUCCCGCGACAGCUACGACUCGAGUGGUUCCUACCCCCAUGGCUAUGGCUAUCCGCCGGAACCGCAGCGCAGUCCGUAUGGCGAUCCCAGUCGGAAGCACUUCCCGCUGACGGUGCGCCAAAAGGGCGAGGAGGAGCGCGAGGUUAGAACCUUCCUGUGCACCGACCAGCGAUGCGCCUCCAUCUUCGAGCCGCGUCCCAGCUCCGUGCUCACCCAGCAGCUGUCCACCGGUUCCAUGUCCACGCCGUCGGGCUACACGAACGGUACGCCCAGGGUGCCGGGUGCCCAUGCUGCUGGAGGUCCUUGCGCCGCUCCGCUGAGCCACCCCGGUGGAGCGCUCUCCUCCUGCGGAUUCUCCAGCGGCAGCGAGUUCGAGCCACCGUCGCCGCGACGGGCGGCCAGUGCCUCGCCGAAGCACACCUUCACGUUCCGCAUCGUGAUGAAGAAGGUGGACAGCUCGCCGGAGGCCUUGUGCCCCGAGAGGCACCGCUCGAGGAUCAUCGAUCGGUACAGGAGGCGCGACAGUCGCCGGAAGCGCAUCCAUGAUGCGGGCAAGAGCUUCUAGGGCGAUUCAAACGGGGCAACCAGUGAUGGGAAGAUAGGAAACUAGAUAGGAAACCAUAACCCAUUAAACUAUUAAGCAGGAUAGCUUACAAGUGAACUGCUCUUGAAUCAAAAUAGUUCUUACACAUCGAUCACAAAAAGUGAAUCGAAUUAAUGGCAGACUUUGCAAACCUUAAUUUAGCAAUAACUGCCUUUUGUGUCUCUACUUGGGAUAUCACAUUUUUCAGGAAAAAAGAAAUACUAUAUAUUAAAUAAUUAUCCAAGAGCAAAAUGUAUAAAAUAAUAAGCUUGCAAAUAUUCGAGAUUCUUAACUGAAAUAAAAAAGCCUUUUCACCUCUUAAGAAACAAUUCGACACUCAACUUAUAGUACACAUUAAUCAGUAAAAAAAAAACUGAAAUGCAUAAAUUAUUGCCAAUGAAUUUAACUAUUUCCAUUUCAAGUACCUGUAAUAAAACAUUUUUGUAAUUACUUCAAAAGCGUUAACUUGGAAAAUCAAAAUCAUAUUUGUUAUAGCUAGAACACAAGUGUUUACUUCCCAUUGCUGGUACCAAUUAAGGCGAACCUCACAGAACAUAGGAAACCAUCUCUUGAUAUCUCCACGAUACGCAUAUAUUUUUGACAAUCUCAGUGUUGAAUCUAUAUAGGACCUCCCGUAAACGUUAUCUCAUAGGGUUAAGAACACACCGAACAACUCACUGGCGUUCGGUGAUCAAACUUUAUAAAAUGGUUCUGGUUUUUAGGCCGUUUCAAAAGCUCUACAAAAGCGCGAACUUCGGCCCACCGAAGUCAGUCGAGCCAGGCCCCCUGACUUAUCGAGGGUCUGGCACUUAUGAUCUCUGCUGAUUUGUCAGGCAACCUCAUUAUAUCCUUGGCUUCAAACCGAGCGAUUGCCUGGGCAGCUAACCGUAUAUUAUAUUAAGUGUACAUUCUAAAUAAUUAACAAACUUAUGCGCAACAAUAAUUCCUCCCACGAUUUACCUGACUACUAUUAAAAAACAACAAUAGAUCAAAAGUUUAUAUGUAUACAUGUGCAUAAGAGUUCACACUUCGAUGUUGUAAUUAAUGUGAAGUAACUUGAAAAUCAGAAGGAGAUAAUAUUCUAAGUAUUUGUGCAUUUUUACGUGGUUCCUGUUACAUAGCUAUAGUAUAUGCGUGAUCGGACGCGAGUAUUACAAAUUUUUGAUGGCAUCAAAUAAUCAAUAUACAUUAUACGAUUCUAAAGAACCUAAGUAAUAUUAUAUUCUAAAUGUAACCGAACUGCGCUGCUAUUGCAAAGGUCAGAAAACCGUUUUUCUAGAUAACUCCUAAGACUAAGAUCAGAGCAAAAUUAUGCGCACAAGUGUGUGCGUGUGUUUGUAAAUUAAAGCUGGAUUUGGGGCCGUACUUAAAUCUUAAAAUUAUAGGAAAGCAUCAACUUUUGUGCCGCGCAAAAAAGUGAGACGUGGAAAAAAUUGUAUUACCAAAUUAAUAUUUAAUGUUAAACUUUGAGCAACAUUUUUGGACUCUGUGUUUGUUGGUUAAAAGAAAACCCCUUGAGUAACCCCUUACUUUAAGCGGAGAAUCUAUGGAAGAAUCAUAAUUUACAAAGUAUACACAUUGUAUUACGUACAUAUUCUAAAAAUAGUUGGCUUUUUAGCAAAUAACUCGUAAGAAGAAAGAUAUCAGCAUUUUACAGGUAAUUACGCAUCAUGAGCAUUUAAUUCCAACUAAACGGUAGCUAAUCGUAACGAUAACCACACAUCAAUUGCCACCAGCCGACAGCUCGGAUCUGGACCGGGCUUACCUUGCCCAUCGAUCCAGAACUACACUCGUAACUUAUCGGAAUGCCAGUAGAAACGUUGCUAUUUUGAUUUGUAGUUGCUUGUUUUGAAACUAACCAACCAAAAAACCAAUCAACCAACAAACAGUCGCUGACCAAAUCGCUUGACCAGUUACGUAUUUUCGAUCGAUUUUCCGUUGCGCCUCUGAAUGCUUGUGAGAGGUGGUCGCCAAUGGAGACUGUAGCGAUUUGAAUCCGAAUUACGGACAGAGCACCCAACUACAAUUUCACAAUGCCAACUUCUUCUAUUUGCAGAGCGGGUUUACAGUGUGCCAGCUGGAUCGGAUGUGGAUUUAGCCCAGUUUACCCCGACAUAUACCUUAUUAUGUACUCCCCCUUUGUCCGGGUUUUUAUUCAGAGGAUGUCGUUGUCGUGGCAUUUGUUAGUCUAAGUCCAGUUCCAGUUCAAAUCAAAUCGAAUCGAAUCGAAUCGCGUUAUAUGUCCUACUUUGCAUUUGUAUUGUUAUUGUUACCGCUCACAUACAUACUCGAGAAGCUAGAGCUAAAUACCUCCAUACAUUAUGUGCGUUCGUUUUUAUUGUAAUUUGAGACAAAAAUAAAGCCCAGAUUUCUGUGUUACCUUAA